AUGUCGCACAACGUUGAUCUCUCGACUUGGUCGGAUGACCGUCUGGCCGAAAACUCGGAGGACGAGGAGUCACUUGGGGUUGCGAAGUUGAGGGAGCGCAGGCGACGACGGCAGGGGAGAAAGGAGCAGCGAAAGCGGGAGGAGGCGGCGCGGCUAGCUGCCGAGGAGCUGAGGAAACAGAGGAAGCGAGAGGCAGGGGCAGAGGCGACGAAGCGCAGGUCCGUCGCAGUGGUCCUACCAUCAACGCUGGGUGGGAGGCUACCGUGUCUCCGAUGCGCCGAGCGCGGACUGAGCUGCAUCCCGGGCUCCGGGGAAUCCGCACCGUGUGCGGCGUGCAAGAAGGUGAAGAAGGGAUGCAAUCGCCCUAAGAUGCGCGCGGAGUUGGGGUCGUCGUCGGUACGUGCGAGGAAGCGGGUGCGGGUGGAAUCGGAGGUGUCAGAGGUGUCAGAGGUGUCUCAGGAGGAAGCGGAGGAGUUGAGUGUGGAAAGUCUGGUCGCGCAGAUCAAGGGUCCGAUUAUCGAACUCGGCAAGGCAGUUCGGUCCCAGAAUGCCCUGCUGGGCCAACUUCUAGCUCUGGUUGCGGACUUGGGCGCUACCAAGAGGCCGGAAGUCGAUGAGCCCGCGGAGGAACACCCGGAGGCGAACGCGACGGUCGAUCCAUUGCCUACACAUUGCCAUGCCACCUACGACGGAACCGUGGUUUCAUAUCUGCGACCUGCCUGA